GCAGCGCCUUACGUCGGUCACGUGAUGCUGGGCAGCCUUACGUCCCUGCAAACGCUAGUUCUGGAUGGUUCUUUCCUCUGUUGAAAGCGCGUUUCCCGGCUAAGGCAGUUAAACUGUCACAGCUGCGCAUUAAUAAAACAGAUAACUCUCCCCGUUUUUUUAUUUUAAAGUUUAAUGCUUCUGGACAGCUGAAUUCCUUUCUUAAAAAAGCUUUCAACGAGCAAAGGGGAACAGGGAGAUGACGACGAUAGACUACAGCGUGUGGGACCACAUCGAAGUUUCGGACGACGAGGAUGAUACACACCCGAACAUCGACACUCCGAGCCUGUUCAGAUGGAGACAUCAGGCUCGCGUGGAGCGGAUGGAGCAGUUCCAAAAGAAAGGCGAAGAGCUGGAAAAGGGGCUGGCAGAGUGCCGGCGCAAGCUGGCUGAGGUGCAGAAGAAGAUUCGCGAGCUGGAGUGCUCUUCAGCACCCAAGGAGGAGGUGAGCCUGGCCCAGGUGGAGGAAAAGCAACUGAAGAAGGAGGAGAAGGACUGGGAGAAGAAAAUUGAGGCGCAUCGGCGUGAGGAGAAAAAGAUGCCUUGGAAUGUGGACACACUUAGCAAGGAUGGCUUCAGCAAGAGCAUCAUGAACAUCAAACCUGAACCAAAAGAAGAGACAGAGGAAGAGAAAGAGCAGAAGCACAAGACCUUUGUGGAGAAGUAUGAGAAGGAAAUCAAGCAUUUUGGGAUGCUGCGACGGUGGGAUGACAGUCAGAAGUACCUGUCGGACCAUCCCUCUUUGGUGUGUGAGGAAACGGCCAACUAUCUGGUCAUCAUGUGCAUCGAUCUGGAAGUGGGAGAGAAACAUGCCCUGAUGGAGCAGGUUGCCCACCAGACCAUUGUCAUGCAGUUCAUCCUAGAGCUGGCCAAGAGCCUGAAAGUGGACCCUCGUGGAUGCUUCCGCCAGUUCUUUGCGAAGAUCAAGAUGGCAGACCAGCAGUACCAGGAUGCUUUCAAUGAUGAGCUGGAGGCAUUUAAGGAGCGUGUGCGUGGGCGGGCCAAGAUCCGCAUUGAGAAAGCCAUGAAGGAGUAUGAGGAGGAAGAGAGACAGAAGCGCUUGGGGCCAGGGGGAUUGGACCCUGUGGAGGUGUAUGAAUUGCUGCCUGAGGAGAUGAAGAAGUGUUUUGAUGAGAAGAAUGUUCAGAUGUUGCAGGAUGUCAUCAGUAAGAUGGACCCUACGGAGGCCAAGGCCCACAUGCAGAGGUGCAUUGAUUCAGGGCUUUGGGUCCCCAACGCACGGACAGAAGAAGGUGGUGAAAAGGACACUGAAACGGAGUAUGAGGAGCUCCCAAAAGAACCUGAGAAAAAAGACUAAUUCUCACAUGACUGAGCUUUGCUUUGAAUACAGUCGCUGUUGCUGUUAUGGGUAUUAUAUACAUAUAUUUUUCAUAGUCUUUUAAAGUUGUUUCCCUUAGUAAACUUAGGUUACUUUGCACUCUUUCUUUAAAAUACUUUUUCCCCCCUUGUCCUGCUGGGUGUGUAGCUUCAUGCCUCAGUAUCAGUAGACAUCCCAGUGGUGUCUGUUUCAUUGACCCUGUUUGUGUUCAUACCUUGAAAAUGUCUUUGGAACACUGCUGAAGGGGGUGGGAAGAAGAGAAAAGUUAAAUGAAAGAAUAAGCACUAUUUAUAAGCUGUAGUGCAGCACUCAAUUAGGUGGAGAAAAUGUGCUCAUUAUUGUGCAGUAAUUACUUGCCCAGUACAUUUUUUUGGGUCUGUCUUGUCAAUUGAAUAGUUGGGGUAAAUUCCCAGCUCUAAUAAUGUUGAGACUUUUCUUGUAAUGCAUCAUCUCCCUACUUGACAUGGAGAAAGGCUCCUGGGAGUUCCAGUUGACAGAAGGAUGAACUGGUUUGAGUCUCACCAUCCCAAGCAUGCCAGCAAGCCGGUUAAUGAUCAGCCUGUGGCAAAGCAUUGGCUUCACACUCUCACCUUUUUGGAGGCAAAUGCUGCAGACAUCUUCCCAGGAAUAUUUGGAGGUCCCUAAUGCUUAAGCAGGAUAUACCUAACAUGUCCUAGUAGAUUAACAUGACUACUCUAAGGAGUAGGAUUCUGUCUGAUGAAGCCAUACUCACCAGGUGAAAAUAUCUUCAUGACAACACCAGAAAGGGUUAAUUACUUUUUUGGAAAGUGAAUCACAAAUAUUUGCAAAUUUUCUUUACAUUUUUAUUUAAGUUGCCUGGCACGUGCAAAAUUGUUAAUCGGUUGAAUUUCAGCUCUGGGGAAAGGAAGGUCAAUGUCUGCCAAUAAAAGAUUGAGUGGAAUUGUU